AUGGCACAAGACUUCUUCAGCGUACCAAUAUUCUUCAUCAUCUUCAGAGAAUGUUUGGAGGCUAGCAUCAUCGUCUCCAUCCUGCUUGCAUUCAUCGACCGCACUGCAACCCUGCCUGGCGUCGACACGGUUGUGCAGAGUGCUCAACUCAAAAAGAGACUAGUUCGGCAAGUCUGGGUGGGUGCGGCCUUGGGCCUCUUGCUCUGCCUCAUCAUCGGCGGCGGCUUCCUCGGCGCGUUCUACUCUCUCAAAAAUGACAUUUGGGCCAAGUCGGAAAACAUAUGGGAGGGUGUUUUCUGCUUGAUUGCAUCCAUCUUCAUUUCAAUCAUGGGUGUUGCCAUGCUCAAGGUCAACAAGCUCAAGGCAAAGUGGACAACCAAGCUUGCUGCCAUGUAUGAAGAGAAGAGCAACGAGACUGGCCGGUCUGGGUUCAAAAAGUUCACCAUCAAGUACGCCAUGGCAUGGCUUCCCUUCAUCACUGUCUUGCGUGAAGGUCUCGAGGCAGUCAUCUUCGUUGGUGGUGUUGGUCUCAGCACCCCUGCCAAAUCAGUACCCAUCCCCGUCAUCACUGGUCUGCUAGCCGGCUUUCUCGUUGGCUUCGCCCUCUAUCGCAGCAACAGGUUCCUCAAGAUCGAAUACUUCCUCAUUGCCUCUACUUGGCUCUUGUACCUCGUUGCGGCUGGACUCUUCUCUCGCUCCAUCACCUUCUUCGAGAUGAACCAAUGGAACAACCUGACUGGCGGAGAUGCAGCUGAAAAUGGCGCCGGCCCAGGCUCCUACAACAUUCGGCACACAAUCUGGCACGUCAACUUUGGCAAUCCUGAGCUGAAAGACCCCAACAACGGUGGUUGGCAGGUCUUUAACAGUAUCUUUGGCUGGACCAACACUGGCUUCUACUCGAGCGUCAUUGGCUACAUCUUUUACUGGGUAACGGUCACUGUUGUUCUGGUCUACAUGAGAUUCGCGGAA